AUGGGUAAUUCUACGGACCCUCCGCUAGAGCGAAUUGCUCCGGUCCCUAUAACAAUGAAUGGCAUUGAUGAUGAGGAGGAUACUGCGAUUGCGCUGAUCACAAACGUGUUAGUGGGCGACUACCACGAAAUCACGGGUGACGUGGGGAAACCAUAUGUGGUGUGGCAAAUCAAAAUCACGUUGGGCGAUUCAGACUACUCCUCGAUUCACUUAUAUAAACGGUAUCUGGAAUUUGAGCAGUUUCGCCGACUAUUGAUCGAGGCAUUCCCUGAUGACCGUUCCACGAUCGCCUCGUUGCCUGCUAAGGAUAACUUUGCCGUGAACCGAGUCAUGCAAACCCGCACGUGGCUUGAAAAACGCCGCCGAGGCCUCCAGUGGUUUUUGUCGAAUGUGUUGUUGAACCCUAAAUACCAGAAGCUGGCGGUGGUUACGCUGUUCCUUUUAUCGCGAGAUAUGCCCCCGCCCGAUUCCUGA